GCUCCGGUUUACAGGAAACACGAGGAUCAGGAAGUACAAGCUGUGCAGAUUUGUUACUUGUUAUGUCGUAGAAAGUAUAACAAUAACUUUCAAAAACCCCGAUCCGGGCCGAAGAGCCCAAACACGCGUAUUGUUUAAAGAAAGUGAGGUGUGAGCGAAAGAGACGCCUGGUCACGAAGUCAAAGGUGAGGACAUGAACCGGGUCCCGCUGCAGCAGCCGCAGAGCUGCGGCCUCUGGGAGCUCAAGGAGCGGCUCGGCACCGGAGGCUUUGGGAACGUCACAAGGUGGCAAAAUAAGGACACGGAGGAGCAGAUUGCUAUAAAGCAGUGCCGCCAGGAGCUGAGUGACAGGAACAAAGAACGAUGGUGUCUGGAAAUCCAGAUCAUGAAGAGGUUGGAUCAUGUCAACGUGGUUGCAGCUCGAGAGGUUCCUGAAGGGAUGCAGAAACUGGUGGCCACCAACGAUCUGCCGCUGCUGGCCAUGGAGUACUGUCAGGGGGGAGAUCUGAGGAAGUAUCUGAACCUCCUGGACAACUGCUGUGGAAUGAGAGAGGCCUCUGUUUUGAUUCUGUUACGUGAUAUUUCUUCGGCUCUGACCUACCUCCACAACAAGAGGAUCAUCCACAGGGACCUGAAACCAGAAAACAUCGUGCUGCAGCAGGGAGAGAAAAGAUUGAUUCACAAGAUAAUAGAUCUCGGCUACGCCAAAGAGCUGGACCAGAGCAGCCUUUGCACGUCAUUUGUGGGAACUCUGCAGUACUUAGCUCCAGAGCUCAUUGAGAGGCAGCGGUACACGGUUGCCGUGGACUACUGGAGCUUUGGCACGUUAGUGUUUGAGUGCAUCACGGGAUUUCGCCCCUUCUUGCCAACCUGGCAGCCUGUCCCCUGGCACAAUAAAGUGAGGCUGAAGAAGGACGAUGAUAUUGUUGUCUACGAGGACCUGUCAGGGGAACUCCGCUUCUCCAAAAACGUGCCCCAGCCCAACAACCUCAACAGUCUGUUAUUAGAAAAGAUGGAGAAGUGGCUGCAGCUGAUGCUGAAGUGGUCCCCUCAGGAAAGAGGCAAAACCAGCAGCGGAGCAGCUCCAAGCGACUGCUUCUCCCACUUGGAGCUGAUACUGCAGCUCAAGCUGGUUCACGUCCUGAACAUGAUGUCCGCUAAGAUCCUGACCUACUCAGUUGGGGAUGACGAGACCGUGGCGAACCUGCAGCUCAGAAUAGAGAAAGACACCAACAUCCCAGCAGCCAAUCAGGAGCUGCUGCUGGAGGCGGGCUUGGCCUUGGAGCCUCACGUUCUGGCUACGCAGUGCGUCGUGGAUUACAUGGAGGUGGACGGCCGGCGGACGGAGCUGCCGCUGGUCUUCCUGUUUGAUCGCUCGUCUUGCACUUAUGAGCCCCAGUUUACUCCUCGAACACUUCCUGAAAAUAUACGUUUUGUUCAAAUUGACCCCAAGCACGUGCUGGCGUACAGCCCUCUGAGGAGAACGUGCGGCCAGGCGUGGCACACCAUCCGUGCUCUGAAGGAAGACUGGCAAAGACUGCAGCAGGGCCAGAAAGCUGCCAUCAUGAGUCUGCUGAGACAAAACUCUUCCCUGUCCAAACAGAGGAAUGAGAUGGUGUCCAUGUACCAGAGACUCACGGCCAAACUGGACUUCUUCACUACCAGCCUCCACAUAGACAUGGACAAAUACCAGGAGCAGACCGCCACGGGGAUCGCGUCAGAGAAACUUCUGUGUGUAUGGAGGGAGAUGGAGCAAACUGCUCUCAGCUGUGGCCAGCCCAAGGUGAAUGAACUGGAGGAGGAGAUGAUGCAGCUGCAGUCGGUGAUCGUGGAUGUGCAGAGGCAGCCGUGGAGGAGUGGAGAAGCCUUGGACACGCUGGAAGGAAAGGCCAUGGAGCUGUUCCGCAAACUCAGAGAGAAACCCAGAGACCAGCGGUGCCCUGGAGACGGCCAGGAGGUCGUGCGUCUCGUGGUUCAAGCUGUGCAGUUCUACGAGAAGAAGCUCAGAGAUUUCUACACACACCUUAGUAAAACCACAGUGUGCCGCCAGCGUGUGAUGAAGCUGCUGCCAAAAGUGGAGGAGGUGGUGCAGAAGAUGGCUGAGAGCGAGCAGGUCCUGAUGGGUCUGCAGGAGAAGCGACAGCGGGAGCUGUGGAACGUGCUGAAAGUUGCCUGUAGUAAAGUUCGCAGCCCGAUGAGCGGGAGUCCUGAAGGAUUACGAACCCCUUCAUCAGUGCCGCCGCUGCUGACCCCCAGACCCAGCUUACAGCAGUUAGAUGAGUCUCUUGUGGAGGAGAGCAAGACGUUUGAGAGUCGCCUCCAGAGUUUGUUGCACAACACCAUCCAGGAAUCGGAGAGCAGCAUGGAGAUGUUGAGUGAGUGGACGUGGCUACGUGGAGACCAGAAUUUUUCCAGCGACCUCUCCUGAGUUGGAUCCGGCUCGUUUCUCACAUGUGAUGCUCUGCUACCUCCGUGUGGGUGGGAUGUUGAAUUACAUGUUGAUGGACUACCAGCUGUUCUCUGGGACCGUGUAAGUGCAGUAAUAGCUGCAGGCACAUAUGCUCUUAUCUUACUUUUUAAAGUUAAUUGAUUCCACCCUGAAGUUCUCUUGAAGCUAAUUGUACCUGGUUAACGUUACGGACAGGGACACUCGGCAAAGUGGGAUCUUAUUUACCAUUCUGGAGCUUCUUACUGACCACUUUAAAUGGUAUUGCACUUCAUUAUUGCUAGAUCAAUCAUUCCUCAGGUGAUUUUGUAUUCUUUAUGAAAAAGUAGACGGCCAUUCUCACAGUUUUCGGGGUCUGGGAGAAACUUGCACAAUUAGUAAAACAGCUUUGAGAAAACCACUUUGCUUUUAAGAGCCAGUUGUAUCUUUAUAUUUACAUAUAAUGAGUUGAAUAUAAAUGUUGUUUCACUGUUGUUUUACCAUGGUUGAUGAACUUUGACAGCCACGGACCAUAAAGACUUCAUUUAAAGUCAAAUACGAAGUCUUGCCUGCAUUUUUCAAACAUUUCAGUUUUAUUUUGUCCAAACAAUUACAGUAUGGCAAGGCUAGCUGCUUUUAUUCCAAAAUAGUCUUUAUUCAACCGUACCAGAAAUAUUUUAAGAAUAAAAUAGUAACUUUUAUGUAUGACAGUAGUUAUAUAUUGAAUAAUCAUUCAUUGAACCAUAGGGAGGCUGCAGUUAUCCUUUUGGUCAAUCUCAGCACAAAUUUUAUAUUUAUUGUUAAAUGGGAGGAAAAGCUCUUUUGUAGUAGCCUUAUUGUCACAAGCUCAGGUGUAAUUGGAUAAGUUAAUAUAAGCAAAUGUUUACAUUAAAGGACUCUUAGAAAAAGCCCAAUAAUAAUAAUUACCUGUCUUUGUAAUGCUCGGUCAGGCCUUUUCUGCAGCUGUGUGCAGUUGUAGUUUGUCUGCAUUUCUCCAUUUAAUUAUAUUUGAAUUGAAUAAAAUGGAGCUUAGUCAGGUUGACAUCAAGUGAUGCACUUCAUAUAUCAAAUUGCCAAUUAUUCACCUUAAAAAUCUGAUAGCUUCACAGUGAUGACCUCCUAUCUUUACUGUAAAUCUACACUUCAUUUUUUUCUGUGAAAUACCAAACUCCUGCCAUCCUUUACAUUUAGUGAUUUUGCAGCCUUUGUUAAUAUCCUUUCAGAUGAACACAAAUAAUGAGUUUUCUAAUGCCAUACUUGGAAUCAACUUCACAUUUUUCAUCUGCUUAAGUGUUGCAGAAAUAACCCAAACGUGUUUUUGUUUUUUUUCAUGUAUUUGUUUCUGUUUUUUUUUUAAAGAAAGGAAACAUGAUUUUUGUAUGUCCAACAUUUUAUGAAACCUAGUUUGUUAUACUCUGGUCAGGAAGCCUAAAUGUACAGACCAGACAAAAAAAACAACAAAAAACAAUAAAAAAAUAAUAGUAAAUACUCAGAGUUGAGUCUGAAACAUAAUUUUGAAUAUGGUGAAUAUAUCUGUAGUGUGGUACAAAUAUGAAAGGUUAAACUGUUCCACGGAUUUGGGGCAGCCACUGCAAACAAUCAAUCACCACUUUAUUUUAAUCUGGAUCUUGGAGGUUGGCUGGUUUCAGCUGUCAGCUGCGUGGACCAAAAUCUGAUUAAUAAGAUGGUACUAAUCCAUUUAAAGCUUAAACAGUAAGCAAUAAACUCUUAAAGCCAAUUCAGGAUCAGGCAGGAAGCCAGUGAAACGACACCAAAACUGGAGUUAUUUGAUCAGCCUUCAUUGUGCACAUUUUAAGAGAAGCUGCUGUCCCAACUGUUUGCAAACACUGCAGAAACUUACCUUAACAGCAGUCAAUGCUCUGUGCACUAAAGCAGUCUACUUGUAAAAUGAUAAAAGCAGCUUUGUGGAGCCAGUGGGUGACAUGUACCAGGAUAAGAUAUAUAUAUAUAUAUAUAUAUAUAUAUAUAUAUAUAUAUAUAUAUAUAUAUAUAUAAUAUCCUGAACAGUUUACUUUAGUCUUAUAAAGAUUAAGAAAGUUGUGCUACAUCCAGGCUUUAGAUUAUCAAAGGCUGCAACAGAUUUAGAGGUCAGGUAAGUCGUAAUAAAAUAUGAUUUCUGGCCUAAAAAGAUGAUGAUCCAGAAAAAAAAAACAAAAAUAAAAAAAAUCAGUGUCAUAGGUGGUUUGGAGAAAACAAUUAAAUGUCUAUGAAACUGAAAGGUUUUAAUAAUUUAAAUGUAUUAUUGUAAAGAUCCAACAUAUUUUCACCAUUUUGCCUCUAAACUCUGUUUCUAUUUCCAUUUGGUUGUCUACUAUGCACAAAAUGUUUCCUGUAAAGACUGUAAUUGUCAUAAGAAAUAUUUCUAUCAUCAUUUGUAAAGCCAAAUGUUAUUUUGUGCAUUGUAUACAGUUUGUUAGAUUACUGCUAAGGGCGUUUUCUUAGCUUAAUUUUCAGUUCUUGGGGAGUGAGGAAGCCGAUAUUGUUCCUUCCCUGUGUCAUCUCACUCAAAUAAAAAGAAAACAAACAAUCAA